AGAGAGAGAAAGGGAGAGAGAGAUGUUAUUAGCAUAAUAAUACAGCUGGGGGGGCCGCCGGAAAGAGGGAGGCGCUUCUGCUGAUGAAAGGGGAAAGGAUCAAGAAAGUUUUGAAGAGGUUCCCUGGGAUGAGCAAUUGUGUGCACGCCUUAUUGCCAAGUAACAGAAAAUGUCGCACAGUACCAAACAGCAAUCCACCGGGCUUCUAAAUGCUGCCGGUAAAAUGCAACCCGGGAGCUUCUUGGUGUCUAUUAAACAGGAGAAAGGCGAGGUCCCUCGGCUGAUUGGGGAGAAGCCCCAUGGCGAAGAGGAGGUGAGCCCCCUGCCUGUGAAGAAGAGAGGCUGGCCGAAAGGCAAGAAGAGGAAGAAGAUCCUCCCCAAUGGACCAAAGGCCCCAGUGACUGGCUACGUGCGCUUCCUGAACGAACGGCGGGAGCUGAUCCGGAUGCAACACCCGGACCUGCCCUUUCCGGAGAUCACAAAGAUGUUGGGCGCGGAGUGGAGCAAACUGCAACCCGUGGAUAAGCAGCGCUAUCUCGACGAGGCCGAACGUGAGAAGCAGCAGUACAUGAAGGAGCUGAGGGAGUACCAGCAGUCGGAAGCCUACAAGAUGUGUGCCGAGAAGAUGCAGGAGAAGAAGAUCAAGAAAGAGGAUGCUGGCCCGGGAGCUGUGAACAUGCUGCUGAAUGGAUACAAGGCUGGAGAGAGCGGCAGUGACGGCUUUUCGACAUUUGAUGUCCCCAUAUUCACAGAGGAAUUCUUGGACCAGAAUAAAGUGCGGGAGGCCGAGCUGCGCCACCUGCGCAAGAUGAACACGGACUUUGAGGAGCAGAACGCCAUCUUGCAGAAGCACACAGAGAGCAUGAGCUGUGCGAAGGAGCGCCUUGAGCAGGAGCUGGCGCUGGAGGAGAGGCAGACGAUGGCGCUGCAGCAGCAGCUCCAGGCCGUCCGCCAAGCCCUGACCGUCAGCUUUGCCAGCCUCCCCAUCCCAGGUACAGGCGAGACCCCCACUUUGGGCACUCUGGAUUUCUACAUGGCGAAACUACACAGUGCCAUUGAAGGCAACCCUGUGCAACAUGAGAGGCUGGUGGUUCGGGUCAAGGAGAUUCUGUCCCGCAUUGCCAGUGAGCACUUGUGAGCCGCCACAGAUGUCCCAGCGCAACUUGAAAACUUUAGGACUGCCAUCUGUAGCAUUGACGGAUGCUUUUCCGCACGUAGCUGCCUUCACCUUUCCAGGUCUUCUGUCGCUGUGCCUCUUCCGUGCUCCUGUGACGUCUUGGAGCAAUUUUCUCCCACCCACCCCUUCCCCUUAUUGUCCAAGAUGGCUAGCAGGGUAGUCGACAUAGAACUAUAGCAAGUCAACUCAUGUCGUCAAAGCUCUGGAAUUCUGUGCUUUUGGGGGGAACGGAGAGGAUCCGAUUUUGCCCUGUUUUUUGGUAAUGAGAGCAUGAGUUUGCACAUAACAACAAAUAUCCAUUGGUUAUGCCAGUGGCUUUUAACCGUGGUUGCCAAACCUAGCCUCCUUGUCCAGAGAUGAUGCUUUCUUCUUCUCCACCCCCCCCCAUGUUUAUUGCUGUCACCUGGGUAUGGGCCUGCUUGCUUUACAAAACAACAACAGGUAAGAGCACAACUUUUAAAGCAACUGGAAUGCUCAAGAAUUUAAAGGAGCUGUUUUUAACACUGGGUCACCUUCAUGCGCUUGCCUGCCAGCCAAGAGCUGGUUGCAAGUCCUCAAAUUUGCAGGGCAAUUGUAUGAAUGAAUGGAUAAAUAAAUGUAUUAUGGUCACUGGCCGAUUAAAAUUUUAUACCAACAGGGUGCACUACACUGAAAAUAAAGAUAAUUGUUUUUACAGAGGGACCUAAAGGAAACAGAGAUCUCUUUUUUAAUUCUUUGUAACCUGGAGAUGCCAGAAAUUGAACCUGGGACCUUCUGCAUGCAAAGCUCCUGAGCUAUAUAGAGUUUUUUGCAUGGAGCUUGUUUGUGCUGGGUUGAGGCCGCUGGCUCAUCUAUGCAACCACCGACCUACAUUUCCACCGUGACAUUUUUAGGGUUAGUUCCCUUUGCUCCCCUGCCCCACUUCUCUCCCUAUAUAAAUGUGUCCACAGUUGCACAGGGUAUGGUAAAAAAAAAUGACAACUGGGCCCUGAGACUUGAGAAUCCAGGCUGUGCACUUUUUUUGAAAAAUUCAAGUUUCUAGCUGUCGUGAUUCGUAAUUGAAGACACCUCUGAAGCCAGAGCAGGAAGUUGAAGAGGGUUUCCAGGGACCAUGUGCAAGGGGUCCCUUGCACCCUUUCGUAGGGGAAGAAGGGGCAGAAUAACGUAUGGAGAAAGGCAUAUACUUAAUUUUGCUUAAUUUGCAGAAAGAUAUCGGGUUGCAGGACUCAGUGGCCACUUUUGCACAUUGCAGUAAGCCGUAAACCAUGGCUUAACAUGCCUGAGCAGAUCAGGCCAACUGCUCUUCCUUGUUAGGGAGAAGCAAGCCAUAAUCCCUGGUUUAGCAUUGCUCCAAAUCAUGUUAUUUUUGGCUUACCAUUAUCCCUUGUUCGGACAGAACAUUCAGCUGGACAUCAUGGUUUCUCUCCUCUGUGGAUUGGCCAUGGUAUUCUGUGCUGCACAAAUGGGCCAAUUUGUCAAUGGAGGAUCUUGGCAUAAAUUUUGGAUUAAUCUAUUUUAGUUUUAGGACGCGUUAGUCCUCUUUCUCAUGAAAGAGAAAGAGAAAAAAUCCAGUCUGACUGUCUGGCUCUUGCCUUGUGGUGAAUUAUCUCUGAUGCUCAUACAGACUUUUUGAAUCUUGUAUUUUCUUAGUGUUGCAUACUGAAUGACAACAAUAAAAUGUUAUUUUAGGGAA